CUUAAUUAGAGUAGCAAAAAGUGUAAUUAAAAUUUAACAUAAAGGCUUCUCUUCUCUUACACUUUUUUGGUUUUCUCUAUUUUUCCAAACACCAGAGAGAUUAUAUUGCAAACUAGAUAUGGUUAUCCCACCUCCAGUUAGACCUCCCAGGAUUACACAAUUUCUCAAACCAUAUCUUUUGAGGAUGCAUUUUACCAAUAAGUAUGUAAGUGCACAGGUGAUCCACACCCCAACUGCUACUGUAGCUUCUUCUGCAAGUUCACAGGAGAAAGCCUUGAAACCAAGCUUGGAAACUACUCGCGAUGUGGCCGCAGCUGCAAAGAUUGGGAAGAUACUAGGGGAACGUCUUUUGCUUAAGGACAUUCCUGCCGUUUCUGUUCAUUUGCCUGCUGUUUCUGUUCAUUUGAAAAGAGAACAGAGGUAUCAUGGUAAGGUAAAAGCUGUUAUUGAUUCUCUCAGGGAAGCUGGUGUUAAGCUACUAUGAGUUAUGUUUGUGUAUGUUAAGUUGUACAUGAGUUACCCAUUGGUUUCUCUUUGGAUAAACUCUACAAAUGUAUUUCUUAAUUAAGUUUCAUACUUUGAUAUAAAAAUAGAAAAAAAUAAUAAUAAUAUUUUAUGAUUUUAAUA